UUUCCCCACCACUUUAUUACCACCAUCAGUCCUGUGAUUCCCUCCCUCACUUCCACCCUCCCCCUCGUUAUAUAAUUUUAUUGUUGCCCUUUCCCAACACGACUCCAUCGCUGCUUGUUCUCUUUCUUCUCAGCUUUCUUUCUCCACAGUACAGCUCACUCUCUCCUCCAUUCGCCGCCGGCUCCAAUGACCGACGCCAAGAAUAUAAAAGUGUGUGACCACCACAAGGAUAAGCGCAGGAAGAUCUUCCGCCGAAUAUUCGCGGGGAUCCUCAUCUUCCUGCUCAUAGUUCUCGUCACCAUACUCAUAAUCUGGGCAAUUCUCCGUCCUUCCAAGCCCGCCUUCAUCCUCCAAGACGUCACCGUUUACGCCUUCAACGCCUCCGUCCCUAACUUUCUCACCUCCAACUUCCAAGUCACGCUCUCUUCCCGGAAUCCCAACGACAAGAUCGGGAUCUACUACGACCGUCUUGACGCCUACGUCAGCUACCAGAACCAGCAAAUUACCUACCGCACAUCGAUCCCGCCCUCGUAUCAGGGUCACGACGAGGUCGACGUCUGGUCGCCAUUCGUCUACGGUACAAACGUGCCCGUGGCUCCCUUCAACUUCGUCACCCUGAGUCAGGAUCAGUCCAACGGCAACGUCCUCGUCAUCAUCAAAAUUGACGGACGCGUGAGAUGGAAAGUCGGGGCCUUCAUUUCCGGCCGUUACCACAUCUACGUACGGUGCCCGGCGUUUAUCACUUUCGGCCCCCGGAGUAACGGGAUUGUCGUGGGUGAGAACGCCGUGAAGUAUCAGCUGGUCCAGCGAUGCACCGUGAGUGUCUGAAGACAGAUGCCGCCCCCCACACAUCUCGCCGAGCCAAGUCAACGUCCAUCUGUGAGAACAUAAUUACACCUAUUACAGCGUCCAUGUCUCCUUAUCCAAUAAUUUUACAAUUCACUGUGUUCAUCAUUUGUAUUAUUUUUCUUCUGAAUCCUCUACGGAUCUACGCGAAUCAAUAUUUGAUUACCGCGCCGACAUUAAUUAGACAUGCGGACGGCGUAUAAGGUCUUCGGAAUUGUACAUUUUGCUAUUAAUAAAGAGCAAAUUAUGCUUGUGGCAUAUGAAAAGUACAUGGAUAGCAAAAUUACAAUUUGUAACGAAGGGAUCCAUAGAGUUAAAGUUUGCUCAGAAUAAAAGUAUUAUUUGUUUUAA